UCACACAUUCAGAGAGCAGGAAGGAAGCCGAGCUGCUCUCGCUUCGCUUUCCGUGGGGCAGCUCCAAAUUCGACCUCAUUAACUCAGGAGGGCUCAGAGGGACCCGAAAAUGACCCCCCAAACCCCCCCUGAGCCCCCCAAAUGCUGCUGCUUCAACAUCAAGACAGCAACGGCGACCCUGGGGAUCUUCCACAUGGUCAUGAGUGUCCUGCUGCUGAUCGAGUAUUCCCUGGAGGUGGCCAACGGGAAGGGCUUCUGCAAAGACCUGGACAAGGAUUCCUACAGAAUUGCUGAUGUCACCACCAGUUUCCUGCUGAUCCUCGUGUUGUUUGUCAUCAGCCUGCACCUCCUGCUCGGGGUGCUCAAGCCCAAUUCCCGUUCCCCUCAGCAGGGCCACUCCAGGAUUCCCCUGCUGGCGCUGCAGCUGCUGGAUUUCUGCCUGAGCAUCCUCACCCUCUGCAGCUCCUACAUGGAGGUGCCCACCUACCUCAGCCUCAAGCCCGGGGACAGCAGGGGCUCUGUGCCAGUCCUGGAGAAGCUGCCAGCAGAGGAAUACGCCAAAGUGAUGAUCACCUUCACCAUCGCCUUCGCGGCCGUGCUCGUCCUCAAGGCCUACAUGUUCAAGUGUGUCCUGAGCUGCUUUAGGUACAUCAAGGCCAGCAGGAGGGAGGAGGUGAAGGCAGAGCCACAGGCAGUGGAAAAGGCCGUGCUGCCGUCCUAUGAAGAAGCCCUGGAAUUGCCUUCCAAGGAUUCCCUCCCUCCCUACGUGUCCCUCUGAGCCCAGCCCAGGGGAGAGGGGGCACUGGCUGCUGCUGAGCCUCUCCCCUCCUGGCAGAGCCCAGGCCCUGCUCCACAGCAGUUUCCAGCUUUUUCCAGGUCCUGCCAGGGAACUGCCGGGGUCUUGUCCUGCUCUGGCAUCUCCAUUUCCCACCUCUGCUUCCCAUCCCUGGGAGCUGGGAUUUGGCUGCUGAGGGAGCUGAGGGUGAUGAGGGUGAUGAGGAUGAUGAGGAUGAUGAGGAUGAUGAGGAUGAUGAGGGUACUGAGGGUACUGAG